UUCUCGAACCGGACUAUGCUGAAGCUCAAAUUCGACCGGUAUGAAUGCUUCGUAUAAGCCCUAGCAAAAACGCUAAACCCUUGAAAAAAAUCUCAUUUCUCUUUACAGAAGAAGAGAGAAUCCAUCACUACUCUAGCUUCUUUGCUAUAUCCCGCCAUGGGUUUCGCUUGGUGCGUACGCAGGUCAGCAACUAGGUUAGUUUCCGUGUAUGGUGGUCGGGUGGGUCGAGUCCGGUCUAUCUCCGCCGUCGUUAACCGGGCGUCACUUGCUCGCAACCCGUCUCCGGUUUGUCCUUUCGUCUCUCGUGGAUUUCUGUACUCGACGGCUAUCGAUCGGAUGAGCUCCGAGCAAACGCUUCUCCGGGUGAUUGAUUCCGAGAUCAAUUGUGCUCGCGAAACCGAUGAUCGCGAUUUGGAUGAAGAGACUACUCCAGGGAGCUUCCCUUUCAAGAUUGAAGACAAUCCUGGUCAUCAGACAGUAACAUUGACUAGAGAGUUCAAGGGGGAGCAUAUUAAAGUUGUAGUAAGCAUGCCUAGUCUUGGCGCUGAUGAAAAUGAUGAUGAUGAUGAGGAUGGCCCUAGUAAUGAAUCAAGUAUUCCACUAGUUGUGACUGUCACCAAGAAGAGCGGACUCAGCCUAGAGUUUAGUUGUAUGGCUUUCCCUGAUGAAAUUGCCAUUGAUGCUUUAUCUGUAAUCCAGCCAGGGAAUUCUUUGGAAGAUCAACUGGCCAGUGAAGGGCCUGAUUUCGAAGACUUGGACGAGAACCUGAAGAAGACAUUCUACAAGUAUCUGGAGAUAAGAGGAGUGAAAGCAAGCACAACGAAUUUCUUGCAUGAGUACAUGAUGAGAAAAGUGAAGCGAGAGUACUUGCUGUGGUUGAAGAAUGUUAAGAAGUUUAUGGAAGAAUGAAAGUUAAGAUCGAUUCCUCAAGUACCUGAAAAAAAUUAGAUAUGUAAGAAUGAGAACUCUUGUGUUCAUUCUUAGCACUCAAACGUACUCAAACGUGUUUACCAUUUUGCGCUGAUCCUUGGGAAUUAAUAGUAAUGACUUUUUAAGUUCAUAUAUGCAACUUUGUAUUAAAGGUAUAACUCCCAGUGGAAGUCCAAAC